AGCGUCAUGUUUUCUGACUGCAAUGCCCUUUCAGAAGCGAUGGGCGUUUCUGGACGUAGAUGGCGCUGUUGAGCAUAUAUUUUGUUUCAGUCCCGUUUCCCUCCAUGGUUUCCCCUCUCUCCGACUAACUUAGCGUUUGGCUCAGUUCAUUAUACAGUCCUAUAUUCUCCCUCCAUAAGGGCAUCUCUGCCUUUGGACUGAAGAUCCCACCAAAACCCAAGAGAGAAAAGUUAAACUUUCACAGGGGAAGAUGGACAUGAAAAAGAGGAUCCACUUGGAGCUAAGAAACAGGACACCGUCUGAUGUACGAGAACUUGUCCUUGAUAAUUGUCGAUCGGUUGAAGGGAAAAUCGAAGGCCUCACAGCUGAAUUUGUCAACCUGGAGUUCCUCAGUUUGAUAAAUGUUGGCUUAAUCUCAGUGUCCAACCUACCUAAACUAGGAAAACUGAAAAAGCUGGAGUUGAGUGACAACAGAAUCAGUGGCGGCCUUGAUGUUUUAGCAGAGAAACUACCCAACCUCACACAUCUAAACCUGAGUGGCAACAAAUUGAAAGACAUCAGCACAUUGGAACCAUUGAAAAAGCUGGACAACCUGAAGAGUUUGGACCUGUUCAAUUGUGAAGUAACAAACCUUAAUGACUACAGAGACAGUGUGUUUAAGUUGCUGCCUCAGCUCACCUACCUGGAUGGGUAUGACAUUGAGGACAGGGAAGCCUCAGACUCUGAUGGAGAAGUGGAUGGAGAUGGUGUAGAUGAUGAUGAAGAUGAAGAAGGAGAGGAGGAGGAAGAUGAGGAUGGCGAAGAAGAGGACUUUGACGAGGAAGAUGAUGAUGAGGAAGAUGAAGAGGAAGUAGAAGGAGAAGGAGAAGAGGAUGAUGAGGAAGUCAGCGGUGAAGAUGAGGAGGAAGAUUUUGGUCAGGACGGAGAAGUGGAUGAAGAUGAAGAGGACGAGGAUGAAGAUGAAGAAGAAGCAACCGGCAAAGGCGAGAAGAGAAAGCGAGAUCCAGAGGAUGAGGAUGAGGAUGAGGAUGAGGAAGACGACGAUUAAUAGCAAAACUGAAAACGAGAGCCUACCGAGUUACCACCUUUUGCCCCCACAAACCUGAACGUCCACCCACCCUCCAACAACUCGCACCGCCUUUGUAAUCCAUGUUUACCCUCCACCUUUCCCCAUCCCCAGCUCUGCGCUCUUUUUAAGGGGCAAGACUGUACCGGACGGGUGGGCCAAGUGGAGCUGCCCCCACCCUCUCUCCCUUUUGUUUCCUCCCCCCUUUCCCAUGGAACUGAGAGCCACCCAACAACCUCCACCUCACUCUUGCCAUGCCCACCCCACCCCACCCCAAGGUUUUCAGGCAGCCCGCCACUCAGCAUUCCACAAUUUCCCCGUCUAUCCCUCUUUAUGUAUUCCCGUGUGAGGACUUUGGGACUGGUAUCUAGUUUUGGGUCUGUGCUUUUAAUAUUUUGUUGGAUGAAAUUUUUUUCCUUUUUUUGUGUUGGGUUUAUCUGACACCCCUUCCCCUCACCCUCUUUUUUUCUUCUUUUGGUCCUUUCUGUUUCUUAUUUUUUCCCAAUAUAAUUAUUGCUAUAGCAGCUGUGCAACCAGCAGGCCAUGGUUUUUAGUGUGGCCGCCUGUUGCACAAAUCAAGGUUGUAGCUACAUUUUUACUUUCUGUAUGACAAAAAAAACUUUGUAAAUAAAAUGUUAACAUUU